CCGCUCCAGCCAGCGCUACCUGCUUCAUCAAGCGGAGCUCCAACCCUCAAGAACAGGAGGGCUUCUGCCCCACCCCCCGCAGCAGGACCGGAUCCCAUCCUAGAUUCCGCGAAUUCUUCUUCUGUGGGUCCUGCUUCUGAGCCAUGAUGGAGAGGAGGUCGCUCAUGGAGGCGCUGGCCACGGCGGCGCAGGGAGGCUCCACCAACACCUCCGUGCUCUCCAUGCUCAAGUACGCCGUGCUGCCCAUCGCCAAGGUAUUCACCGUCUGCUUCAUGGGAUUCCUCAUGGCCACCAAGUACGUCAACAUACUCCAGCCCAACGGACGCAAGCUUCUCAACGGGCUUGUGUUCUCGCUUCUGCUUCCUUGCCUUAUAUUUUCCCAACUGGGUAGCGCCAUCACGCUCGAGAAGUUGCUGCUGUGGUGGUAUAUUCCAGUAAAUAUUGUUGUAGGCGCCGUUUCCGGUUCUUUGAUUGGCUUUGUGGUGGCGUCCAUCAUCCGACCUCCUUAUCCGUACUUCAAGUUUACUGUUAUCCACAUCGGGAUAGGAAAUAUCGGAAAUAUACCUCUUGUUCUUAUUGCAGCACUAUGCGGGGAUCCAUCAAAUCCCUUUGGUGACUCUGAUAAAUGCAGCCAAGAUGGAAAUGCGUAUAUCUCUUUUGGUCAAUGGGUUGGUGCAAUUAUUGUUUACACAUAUGUGUUCAAGAUGCUUUCUCCGCCACCAGGAGAGACCUUUGAUGGUGAUGAGGUGAAACUCCCAGUUAUAGCAUCUGGAGAGAAUGUGACUCCUGAAGUAGGCAAAUAUCCAAUAAGCACUCGUACUGGUACUCUACCUGAGGAUGAGCCUUUGCUAUCUGUCGAGGGGAAUCAAAAGGGUGAUACUUCUCUAGGAUCAAAGAUAAUGAGCUAUGUUGGAUGUGUGGUGAAAUUCCUAAAGGACAAGCAGCUUCUUCAGCCACCAAUUAUAGCCUCCGUUUUUGCAAUUGGCAUUGGUGUUGUUCCUGUCUUGAAGAAUUUGAUAUUCACGGAUGAUGCGCCUCUUUUCUUCUUCACAGACAGCUGCCUGAUUCUUGGGGAAGCCAUGAUCCCUUGCAUUUUGCUUGCUGUGGGGGGUAAUCUUGUUGAUGGUCCUGGCGAAGGAAGUCAAAGACUCGGUAUGCGAACCACCGUUGCUAUUAUCUUUGCACGGUUGAUCUUGGUUCCAAUGGCUGGGGUUGGCAUCGUCAUGCUAGUUGAUAAACUCGGUUUCAUUCCCAAAGAUGACAAAAUGUUCAAGUUUGUCCUACUACUGCAGCAUUCGAUGCCCACAUCAGUGUUGUCAGGUGCUGUUGCAAACCUUAGAGGGUGUGGAAAAGAAUCAGCCGCGAUCUUGUUCUGGGUGCACAUUUUUGCUAUAUUCUCCAUGGCAGGCUGGAUUAUUUUCUAUUUGACAUUGCUCUUCUAAAUACUGUACUGAACGACAGUAAUCUGCUAAUACUAGCUACCAUCAAAACAUCUUGAAGAAUUGUCAUGACUUGUACAAAAGCUACUAAGUCGUGGUGGCAGCUCCGAAGGUACGAGUUGUAUCGGUACAGAUGGUUUCUCGUGCCUGCUUGCGUACAUGCUACUGCUAUGUUAGUUUUGGCCCCGUCUCGCUGCUGCUAGCAGUGGUCGAUGAGAACAGCACCAGCUUGUGCCCUGCUUAUAUCAUCAGGUUACCCUGAACCUUUUAGACCGGUUCGGUGCCUUUGUCAUCACCUCAUAUAUUUCCUCUGCAUUUCAAAUAUUAUGUAGCACCCCAUGAUCUUCAUUCAGUGGUGUUCUCGUUAAAGGGUAUUUUGUAUGGUACACGUACCUUUCUGA